CUAAACUUCAUUGUAUUCCUAUCUCUAUCUCCUCUGUAAACAUAUAUAGAGUGAGAAGUGAAUUAUUAUUUUUCCAUAAUGGCUCUUCUUAAUGAUUUGAUCAAUCUUGAUCUCACAUAUUCCACCAAGAAGAUUAUUGCGGAAUAUAUUUGGAUUGGUGGAUCUGGUAUGGACAUACGCAGCAAAGCAAGGACUCUUCCUAUACCAGUGACUGAUCCAAAGAAGUUGCCUAAAUGGAAUUACGAUGGUUCGAGCACUGGACAAGCCCCAGGCGAGGAUAGUGAGGUUAUCCUUUACCCUCAAGCUAUUUUUAGGGAUCCAUUUCGGCGUGGAGAUAAUAUCUUGGUAAUCUGUGAUGCAUACACUCCUGCUGGCGAGCCAAUUCCCACAAACAAGAGGCAUGCUGCUGCCAAAAUCUUCAGCAACCCUGCUGUUGAGAAGGAAGUCCCAUGGUAUGGGCUCGAGCAAGAAUAUACCUUGUUGCAGAAGAAUGCUAACUGGCCGUUAGGCUGGCCUCAAGGAGGCUUCCCUGGACCUCAAGGGCCAUAUUACUGUGGUAUUGGGGCGGACAAGGCUUUUGGGCGUGAUAUUGUUGAUGCUCACUAUAAAGCUUGUCUUUAUGCCGGUAUUAACAUUAGUGGCAUUAAUGGUGAGGUUAUGCCUGGACAGUGGGAAUUUCAAGUAGGACCUACAGUUGGUAUUGCUUCUGGUGAUGAAUUGUGGUGUGCUCGUUACAUUCUUGAGAGGAUCACUGAGAUUGCUGGGGUGGUGGUUUCAUUUGACCCCAAACCUAUUCCCGGCGACUGGAACGGUGCUGGUGCUCACACUAACUACAGCACAAAAUCGAUGAGAGAAGAUGGAGGAUAUGAAAUCAUCAAGAAAGCUAUUGAAAAGUUGGCUUCCAGACACAAGGAGCACAUUGCCGCUUAUGGCGAAGGCAAUGAACGUAGGCUCACUGGUAAACAUGAGACCGCAGACAUCAACACAUUCAAAUGGGGGGUCGCAAACCGUGGUGCAUCAAUUCGUGUCGGACGUGACACCGAGAAAGACGGAAAGGGGUAUUUUGAGGACCGUAGGCCCGCAUCUAACAUGGAUCCCUACGUUGUUACCUCAAUGAUUGCCGAGACCACGAUCCUGCUUUAAAAGGCAGUUAGACCGGUAUCAAAUUAUCAAUGUGGAGCCAUUAUUUGGCUAGAUUUAAAAUUAGAGAUUAAAAACAAUCCUAAUUAUUAUUCUUCAAAGUACGUGGUAGUUUGUGGUAUUUUCUUACUCUGUUCUUUAGCUUAAUUAUGGAUUUCUAUUCUUGGCAGCAAUUGAAGUAUGCUACACACUUUGUUGAUGUUAUCUCCCACUGCUAAUAAAGUGAUAUUAUCUAAUAACAAUAUGAAGGAAUGGUUUUUAAUCAUUUGUCA